GGUUACUUUCUAACAAUGUCAAAUCUUGCUGGUAUAGGAUCCAAUGUUUUAUGUUCUCAAAGAAGAUGCCUCACCAUGCAUUUUUGGUCCUAUUGAGAAACAGAGAUGGUCAUAUGCAUGUGCAAAACAACUCGUUGAGAGGCUAAUAUAUGCUGAGGGUGCAGAAAAUGGACUCGAGUUUACCAUUGUAAGGCCUUUCAACUGGAUUGGACCAAGGAUGGAUUUUAUACCGGGAAUUGAUGGUCCAAAUGAGGGUGUUCCUAGGGUUUUAGCAUGCUUUAGUAAUAACCUUUUACGUGGUGAGCCUCUUAAGCUUGUUGAUGGUGGCCAGUCCCAAAGAACUUUCGUGUACAUCAAGGAUGCCGUAGAAGCUGUUCUCUUAAUGAUUGAAAAUCCUAACCGAGCAAAUGGUCAGAUCUUUAAUGUGGGAAAUCCUAAUAAUGAGGUUACAAUAAAGCAACUUGCUGAAAUGAUGACACAGGUUUAUUCAAAGUUUCAGGAGAGCAACCACUUGAGCAGCCAACAAUUGAUAUAAGCUCCAAGCAGUUCUACGGUGAUGGAUAUGAUGACAGUGAUAAGCGGAUUCCAGAUAUGACUAUAAUCAACAGGCAACUAGGUUGGCACCCAAAGACUCCACUCUGGGAUCUGCUUGAGACAACAUUGACUUACCAGCACCGAACAUAUGCAGAAUCCAUCAAGAGGGCGCUUGCAAAAACUGUUGCAUCCAGUUAAGGUCAGGACACUUGGAUCGGAUCAGCAAGUUGGUUACCACUAGUCAUCACUUGGGUUUCUGAUAUUCUUUAAAAGUAACCAUAUGCAUUUAACUUUCUUUGGCAAUUUUUUUUUGAUGUUAGUAAGUGAUGGCAAAGUAUUGCAACCCUAAAAUUCAUUAUUUGUAUGCACGCUGCAAGGAUAGGAUGAUAGGGAUGUUUUUUGUGUUGGUGCCAGCUUUUAUCUGACCCUUCUUCCUACCCAUGCAGCUAACGGCCUUAUUUGAGUCAUCCCAUGGUUUAUUUUUCAGGUAGUAUACCAAAAAAAUCAUAGACAUCA